CUUACUAAUCAAAGUACUCUGUUCUCUUACAGAUGCAUUAUGUUCAAGAUAAAUUAUUUGUGGGACUAGAACAUGCUGUGCCCUCCUUUAAUGUUAAGGAGAAAGUAGAAGGUCCAGGCUGCUCCUAUUUGCAACACAUUCAAAUUGAAACAGGUGCCAAGGUCUUUCUACGAGGCAAAGGUUCAGGCUGCAUUGAGCCAGCGUCAGGCAGAGAAGCUUUUGAACCCAUGUAUAUUUAUAUCAGUCAUCCCAAACCUGAAGGCCUGGCUGCUGCUAAGAAGCUCUGUGAGAAUCUUUUACAAACAGUUCAUGCUGAAUAUUCUAGAUUUGUGAAUCAAAUUAAUACUGCUGUCCCUUUACCGGGCUAUACACAACCCUCUGCUAUAAGUAGUAUCCCUCCUCAACCACCAUAUUAUCCAUCCAAUGGCUAUCAGUCUGGUUACCCUGUUGUUCCCCCUCCUCAGCAGCCAGUUCAGCCUCCCUAUGGAGUACCAAGUAUAGUGCCACCAGCUGUUUCUCUGGCACCUGGAGUCUUGCCAGCAUUACCCACUGGAGUCCCACCUGUGCCAACACAAUAUCCGAUAACACAAGUGCAACCUCCAGCUAGCACUGGACAGAGUCCGAUCAGUGCUCCUUUUAUUCCUGCUGCUCCUGUCAAAACUGCCUUGCCUGCUGGCCCGCAGCCCCAGCCCCCACUCUCAGCUCAGCCCCAGUCCCAGAAGAGGCGAUUUACAGAGGAGCUGCCUGAUGAGCGCGAGUCUGGACUGCUUGGAUACCAGCAUGGACCCAUUCAUAUGACUAAUUUAGGUACAGGCUUCUCCAGUCAGAAUGAGAUAGAAGGCGCAGGAUCGAAGCCGGCAAGUUCCUCAGGCAAAGAGCGAGAGAGGGACAGGCAGUUGAUGCCUCCACCAGCCUUUCCAGUGACUGGAAUAAAAACAGAGUCUGAUGAAAGGAAUGGGUCUGGGGCCUUGGCAGGAAGCCAUGAUUAUCCAGCCAAGAAGAUGAAAACGACCGAGAAGGGACUUGGCUUAGUAGCUUAUGCCGCAGACUCCUCUGAUGAAGAGGAGGAACAUGGAGUCCAUAAAAAUGCAAGUAGCUUUCCACAGGGCUGGAGUCUGGGCUAUCAGUACCCUGCAUCACAGCCAAGAGCCAAGCAGCAGAUGCCCUUCUGGAUGGCCCCGUAAGACGUAGUGGGCAGGCCUUUGAUGCUCGGCGACUCUCCUUAGCAAUAAUGCAUGCACUUGAUUAAACAAGACUCUGGGACCUGUUUUGAGGGCCAUCUUGGACCUUGAAGAUGUUAGGGACGCAGUGUUCCUGUCAUAAAGGGAUGCCAUCCUUUUUAAAAACCCUAUUUCUGCAGUGGCAUAACAUGUGACAAAGUUCACUUAGAAUUUUAACAGUUGAUGAAGUGUGCAGAUCAGGACUGCGCCAUUGCCACAUGUGUUUGACCUGGUCUAGCCUUUUCCAAAUUAAUAGCCUCAACUCUGUUGUAAAGAAAGUUUUAUUUGUAUUUUACUACUAUUGGGUCAGUUUUGAUAACUGGUUACAAACAAAGCCUUACUAUUUAUUAGUGGGAAAUGGUUUUAAGACCCUUCCUUCCAGUACUUACAUUUAAUUCUAAGAGCUCCUUGUCCCCCUUUCCAUUUGGAUUCCUUGUGUUUGGGAAAUGCUGUUGUACUCAUUUAAAAUGGUCAGAUAUAGCUGGAUCUUGACUAGGAGAAUGAAGUUAUUUCUGCUUUGUUUCUUCCCUGGGAUGAUCCAGAGUUGGCGUCUUUUGCCACGCUUGUUUCAGGCAGCCAUUGCUCUUGUUACUGCCCAGGUCCUGAACUUCUUGUUUCCAGCUGAGUCAAAGAAAAUGUGACUAAAAAGCUGGUCAGAGCUGGUCAGAACUCACCACUGAAGGAAACACAGUUGUCUGUCUCUCUGAACUGGUUGCGGCCGAAGAAAGAGGGGACGACACCCAUAGGAUGGUGGCUCCGGCUGGAAUCGCAGCGUCUCCUCUUUUCUUGGCAUGGCAGGUUUUGCCAAACGAACUUUUUUGUAUCAAAUAUUGACGUAUGGAAGUGAAGGAAUUGGUGGUGGCUGAGCCAAGAGUGUUUGAGAUACUGUCAUUUUUGCACAUUUUUGAAUACUUUGGAGACUGGCUUUGUACAAACUUAUUCUCUGGUUUCCUCUAUGUUGUAAAUAAUUAGACCAUAAUUUCAUUAUAAAUAAAUGUAUAAAUAAU